UCCACUCUACCCUCUUCUCUUUUUUCCUCCCUACUUUUGCAUCUUCACCGAUUGACUCGCUUCCUCAACUCAAAUCUGUCCCCAAACCCGGUCAUCCCUCUAUAAAUCUCGUAGAUCCGGCCGUCCUCGAUCUCGCCGGCGUCCUUGGUGCUCCGGAUCUGUUGCUCGGCCGAUGCAAAGCCGUUGGGGUACCUGAGGGGGCUGGAUAUGGGGUCUUUGGACCCUAACCGGCAGCUUGGUUCCCUCGGUUUUGCCAGCCGACGCGAAGCCGUGACGCGCCGAAGGCCUGGCCUGCGGCCUGCCCUCCAGGCCAUGGACGACGACGAGGGCCACACCAUCAACGAUGAGUUGCGGAUGAUGGGCCUGGAGGGGGACGACGAGGACGGUAUGGAGGAGGAACGGGAGGAGCUUUUUGGUCGGCGUGGUAAUGUGGAAGUAAUCAUACCCCCUCCCCCUCCCGUUGGUGUUGGUGGUGCCAGUGCGGGUGCUGAUGCUGGUGUAGGUGCCGGUGCUGGUACUAGCGCUGGUGGCGCUGGUGGUGCAGCUGACGGUGCCGCGCCGGACUCUGUCAGCCACGCCGGCGAGAAGCGGGGACGGCCCUGCACCUCCAAGGUGUGGGACGAGUACGAGAAGCUUUUCAAGCAGAUCAAUGGUAAGACCGUCAGGUAUGGAGCCAAGUGCCUUCACUACAAAUCCGUCCUUUCUGGCUUUUCCAGUAGCAGCACUGGCCAUCUUAGUCGGCAUCUUCUAACUUGCCGUAGUAAGAAAAAGAAGUCUGGUGCUCAGUCAAUCCUUAGUUUUGACGCUGACGGUAGUGUGGUUUCCUGGGAGUGCAGUCCUGAUGUGGCUCGUACUCAAUUGUGCCGUUUGAUUGCAAAGCUUGAUCUGUCUCUAGGGUUUGGUAAAACAAAUGAGUUUAAAGAGUACAUUCAGAUUGCUCAUAACCCUAGAUUUACUCCUGUUAGUAGGCAGACCACUACUAGAGAUAUUGCCAAGUACUUUAGUGAACGCCGUGAUGAUCUUGUGAAGUACUUAAGCUCUAAUUUUGUUAGCUCUGUUGGUCUUACCUCUGAUAUAUAGUCUGGUAAUGCUAAGGAAGAUUACCUUAGUGUGGUUUGUCAUUAUGUUAAUUCUGAUUGGCAACUAGAG